GAGGGGGAGGGGGGGUGGGGUUGCGUGUGAGCGUGAAGAGGACUGGUAAUCCUGAAGGGGGAAGAAAGACGGCGGUGGGAAAUGGCCACUCAGGUGGAGGCUCUCCUGCCCGGCAACCCGCUGGCGAAGAAGGCUGAGGAGGAGGAAGAGGAGGAAGACGAGGGGGGGCUCGAGCGGCGGACGGCGGGUGUCGCCGAGCCGGGGAGCGACGGCAGCAGCCCCGGGCUGGGAGGGACCCCCGAACCGCAGGAGCGGACCUCCAACCGGGGGGAGGAGGAGGAGGAGGACGGCAAGCCGAACGAGGACGGCGGAAAAGGCCGAAAGGAGUUCACCGAAGCCCCCCCGCCCAAGGUGAACCCGUGGACCAAGAAGAUGAACGCGGUCACCGUGGUCAGCGUCAACGGGCAAGCACACCACGAGUCCAGCGGGCCGGCCAAGGUGGUGAGAGCGGGGAACCCCCCCAAAGCCCGGCGAGGAGGAAAGGUCGGAGACUUCGGCGACGCCAACAGCUGGCCGACACCUGGGGAGAUCGCAACUAAAGACCUGCAGGUCGAGGCGGUGACGCGCACAGAGUCCUGCCCGCCGCCUGUCAGGCAGGUCAGAGACUCGUGGAGACUCACCGGUCCGAAGAAGAUGACGUCGACGCCGACGGUGAAGAAGGAGAAGAGGGAGAGCAACGAGGAGAGCAAGGAGAACCUGAAGGCCAAGUCAGACGACUCCGGAGAGGAGAAGAACGGGGACGACGACUCGCAGAAGAACGGACCCAAGAAAAAAGGAAACAAGCACAAGUGGGUCCCGCUGAUGAUCGAGGUGAAGUCCGAGGGGCCCAGGGAGCGCUCGGCCUCCAGGAACAACAGCCGGCAGAACGAGCCCCCCCGCCUGCCCCCCAACGCAAGGAACGACCUCAGAGACUGGCACAGUCAGAAGUACGAGCGGGAGUGGCGUGACGACCACGACGAGGUGUCCAGCGUGAAGAGCGAGGGGGCGCCGUUCCGGGGAGGGUUCAGGGGCCGCGGCCGCGGCAGAGGAAGAGGACGAGGAAGAGGCGGGAGAGGAGGAAGAGGCCACUACGACUACCACUACAGCUACAAGUCCUACGACGCCAAGGACGGGCCCUCGGCCCAGAAGUUCGGCACCGCGGUGACUUACUACUACGACAACAUGAGCAGCAGCGACCUCUACUCCGCCGACCAGGACAUGCUGAAGGACUACAUCAAGAGGCAGAUCGAGUACUACUUCAGCCUGGACAACCUGGAGCGAGACUUCUUCCUGCGGAGGAAGAUGGACCAGGAGGGCUUCCUGCCCAUCGCUCUGGUGGCCAGCUUCCACCGGGUCCAGGCCCUCACCACCGACGUCCACGUCAUCAUGGAGUCUUUGAAGGACAGCAAGGAGGUGGAAGUGAUCGACAUGAAGAUCCGUCGGAAGGUGGAGCCGGAGAAGUGGCCCCUCCCGGGCCUCGCCACGCUGGACCAGCCGCACACCGACUUCUCUCAGCUCAUCAACUGCCCCGAGUUCGUCCCCCGGCAGCCGGCCGAGGAGCCCCAAGGCUCCCCCAGGUCGUCCACGCCGGCCCGGCAGCGCAGCAAAGCGGAGCCGGACGCCUCCAACCUGAAGACGAUGCCCAAAGGCCUCUCCGCCAGCCUCCCCGACCUCGACUCAGAGUGCUGGAUCGAGGUGAAGAAGAGGCCCCGCCCCUCGCCGGCCAGACCCAAGGGCAGCGCAGAGAAGGCCCCUUCGUUGCAGCAGAAGGAGAAAGACGACGCCUCAGUGCCUCAGCCCGGCUCCUCGCCCCCCCCCACCACCACGGGGAAUAAGGAGGGGGCGGAGCCUGACGAGCCCGAGGAGCUCGACUUCAUGUUCGACGAGGAGAUGGAGCAGAUCGACGGGCGCCGCAACACCUUCACGGACUGGUCGGACGAGGAGACGGACGGCGAGAUCGACGACCACGACGUCAACAAGAUCCUCAUCGUGACGCAGACGCCGCCGUACCUGAGGAAGCACCCGGGGGGGGACCGCACGGGACACCACACCUCCCGCUCCAAGCUGUCCACCGAGCUGGUGAAGGUCAUCAACGACGGGCUCUUCUACUACGAGCAGGACCUGUGGGACGACACCUACGAGCCCGAGUACGCCACCAUCAAGCAAGAGGUGGAGAACUUCAAGAAGGUCCACCUGAUCAGCCGCGAGCAGUUCGACUGCCUGACCCCUGAACCCCCGAUCGACCCCAACCAGGAAGUGCCUCCGGGCCCCCCCAAACCCCAGCAGAUCCCCACAGACGCUUUGGCGAACAAGCUGUUUGGCGCCCCCGAGCCCUCCUCCAUGGCGCGCUCGCUGCCCACCACCGUGCCCGAAUCGCCCAACUACCGCAGCGCUCGGACGCCCCGCACACCUCGAACGCCCCACCGGAAGGACCAGACCAUGACGCCGCGCUUCUACCCCGUGGUGAAGGAGGGCCGCCCCGUGGACGCCAAGACGCCGAGGAAGAGGAAGACCCGACACAGCUCCAACCCCCCCAUGGAGUGCCACGUGGGCUGGGUCAUGGACUCCCGGGAGCACCGGUCCCGCACCGCCUCCGUCAGCUCCACCGCCAGCCCCUCGGAGGGCACCCCCGCCCUGGGCAACGUGGGCUGCACCCCGCAGUCCCUCCCCAAGUUCCAGCACCCGUCACACGAGCUGCUCAAAGAGAACGGCUUCACGCAACACGUUUACCACAAGUACCGCCGGCGCUGCCUCAACGAGAGGAAGCGGCUGGGAAUUGGCCAAUCGCAGGAGAUGAACACGCUGUUCCGCUUCUGGUCCUUCUUCCUGCGGGAUCACUUUAACAGGAAGAUGUACGAGGAGUUCAGGCAGCUGGUGGUGGAAGACGGGAAGGAGGGAUACAGGUACGGAUUGGAGUGCCUCUUCAGGUACUACAGCUACGGCCUGGAGAGGAAGUUCAGGCCGGACAUCUUCAAGGACUUCCAGGAGGAGACGAUGAAGGACUACGAGGCCGGCCAGCUUUAUGGGCUGGAGAAGUUCUGGGCCUUCCUCAAGUACUCCAAGGCCAAGACCAUGGAGAUCGAGCCCAGGCUGCAGGAGUGUCUGAGCAAGUUCAAGCGCCUGGAGGACUUCAGGGUCGACCCCCCCAUGGAGGAAGGAGGCCGCAGGCGACACUCGUCCAGCGGGGACGCUCGCCGCCGGAACCCCUCCCAGCCCACUGGCCGGGGCCUGAGCCCGGCCCCCCCCGGCGGCCAGGGCCCCCCCGCCCCGACCAAGGACGACGCCAAACCCGCUGGACAAAAAGCCCCCGCCCCGAAUGCCAAGACACUGAAAUAACUCACGCGGCAGUUCUCUCUGCGCCGGGGGGGGGGUCUCCACUCAAGCUCAAGAACGGAUUGUUUUUUUUUUACUCCCCUACAAAAGCGUUUGAAUGUGAAACGAGGAACUUGAUGAACGACGGUUUGUCAAAGAUUUGAUCUUUUUUUUUGUCUUGAUGAGGCAAAAGAAACCAGGAGGGUUUUUAUUUCUUUUUAUAUCUAAUAUCGGUCGGGUGGUGAUUUACUACCCUUGGAAAUUUGUUUAUUUUGAACCCCCCCCCCUCCUCAAAAGUCUCUCACUUCUGGAUUCUUGGGCGGCGCCGAGCGGACCAAAGCGGUUUGAACCCAUCCAUAAAGUCUCUAUUUGCUUUUCGGCUGAACAUUGGAGGGGGGGGCAGGGGGGGUCAUGAAAAGAAGCCGAUGAUGGAGACUUCCUCCGAGUGACACAUGCCUUAUUUUAAUGGUUUACUGCGUGUUCAGCUUCACCUCAUUGUACAGCAUCUGAAAGGUCACUUUUCUCCAGCAGAGGCCGCUGGAUCGGUGGGGGGGGGGGCAAACAACCCCCCACUCUCGCUUUCUCCGCUCACUUUCUCUGAACUGUCUUCCAAGUGUCAUUCUGGUCUGUUACACACCCCCCCCCCCCCCCCCCCCGAUCCAUCCAUCCCGGAAUCAUCCCCUGGAUUACUUGAAGAAGCCACGCUGACAAGUGACUGAGCUCCGUCUCGGGUGGAGCUUUGGGUGGAGAUGUGCUGUCUGGGGGAGGAGGCAUUGGGGGGGGGGGGGGCAUGGCGCUCAGACACCUGACUGGAGCUCGGUCACACACAUCUGGACGGACUCUUCACAGGUUGUGGUCGCAUGCAGGUACAGACGUAGCAGUGUGUGAGAGACGACUACACACACACACGAGGACACACACACACACACACACGAGGACAACUGGACUUCUGUUGGAUCUGUAUCUGAGGCCCCCCCCCCAAGGCGCCCUGAUACUUGUGUUAUUGUUUAUAGGACAGAUUCUAUAUUUGCCUUACGUCAACGUACGCUUUGACCUCUCAUGGUUUAUCUUUUAAUGCUUUUUAAUUUGCAGUGUUUUUCUGCGCUGGUGUCGUCAUGGGGACGGAGGUGUGUGUCGUCAUGGGGACGGAGGUGUUUUUAAACAACCAUCUGGAUCAGUCAGUGAAACACAAAAGGGAAAACUGACACAAGAACCGGUUUCCUUUUUUAGUUUUGAUUAUGUUCAGAUCUUAAUCCUCAGAACAUUAAAAUGCCUAAAGGACUUCAUUGUUAACACACAAACACUCACUUGGAUUUUCGGGACUCCGUCUCACGAGUUAAAAACGUUUAAUUCUUCGUGAUGCUGAGCUUGUUUCUUGUCGUCGUCUCACGUUCAAAGUGUUUAAACAAAAUGUAAGAGGCGUUUCCUCCGAAAAAAACUAAGCUUCUGGGCGUUUGGGGGGGGGGGGGGGGGCUCUGCUGUAGUGAGAGCACCAUCGAUCACCUGACAAUGGGGUGGGGGCACCUCGGACCUGCUGCUAGCGGUCCAGGAGGAACGUGGCUGGUUUUGAAAGUCUGGAGAUUGGAGGAAAAAAAGAAAAAAAAAGACAAAAGCAUAAA